ACGAACUCUGCAUUUAAAAGUAUUUCAAUAUGGCCGAAAACAUGGCUGGAAAGACGAAAGCUGAAAUGCAAAUUAAUUUAUCCGUUCUACGUAAACAUGAUCCAGAAAUUGAGCAGAUUAUCGACACUGCAUCCUCAGUUGCUCACUAUAAAUUUAACUCCACCACAAACCAAUGGGAGAAAACAGAAGUGGAAGGCUCACUGUUUUUAUAUUCUCGUAAAGUUUCGCCAAUUGUUGUGAUUUUCAUCAUGAAUCGAUUAAACAAACACAACACAAAACUUGUCCUGUCUUUUGACAUGGAGUUUAAAAUACAAGAACCGUUUUUGCUGUGUAAAGCAUCAAAUAGUGAAAUUAUUGGAAUUUGGUUUUAUGACGCAGCAGAAUGCCAAAGAUUUGGAUUUUUGCUCAGCAGGUUAGGCGUACUUGCAAAAGAUGAUCGCUCGUUAAAAAUAGCUGUAAUGACGGAACUUCAGAAGAAAAACCAGGCACCUAGUACCCAACAAAAUGGUAUUCUUGGUUUGUUUACGAAAGCUCAAGAAGAAUUUGACAGCACAAAAAUCAAGCCGAAAAACGUGCAAAAACCGAAACAACAGAAACAUGGCAAACAACAACAAAAUAAGACAAACUUACAAAAAAGAAAUUCUGAGCCAAUUCACGAACAGCUCCGUAUAGCUGCAAAGCAACCUACGAAAUUAUCUCCUAAAAGUGCGAGAAAAGAAGAAAUCCGCAAAAAGCAAGAAAGCUUCAGGGAUCAACAUUUGAAGGAACAAGAGGCCCUGUUGAAUAUUCUUCAUGGCGGUGAAGUUAGAAAGCCUUUUCGAGCUCGCACGGUUUCAUCCAGCGAUGGACUCGAUUUAGACUUGAAGGCCCACAAUUCGGGCUUUUCAUCUAAAGCGGGUGACCUAGCCGUAUUGGAUCAGCUUGGUAUUGUACACGAGCAAAAUCGGAAUCAUGAUGUGAAAGCUAAAGCGAUUGGUUGUGCCGAGCUCGAGUCUUCUUUCCGUAAUAAAAGUGAGACGGAGUUAUCUGGCCGAUCGAGUGCGGAUAUACUUCGCACCGUGCACAGUUCGCCCAACAUUAGCCGAAUUGCGAGUUCUUCGCAGCUUGAAAAAGCUUCCGCUUCCACCACUUCCUGUUUGUCUUUGGUACUCAACAAUUCUCCAUCUUCCAACACGACUGUAAAUCUGUUAUCACCCAGUGUUAUGACUUCUAAAGCAGGCAGAGGGCGUGGCACAGCUAUGGGUGCUUCUUUAAAUAGUCAACAAAAGAUUUCUAUUGCUGCAAACUUUAGCCAGCCUAAAACAGCUAAAAAGCUUUUUCCAGAUGAAAGUAAAAUGGAGAGUAAAUUUCCAGAUGCGCCAUCAGGGGCGGCUUUGAAAUCAUUGAUGUCACCAGCCGCGUUCCAACGUUCGACUGCAACAACUACUGUCAAGACAGACGUUGACACGCUGACAAAACCACAGUUGCAAGAAGCACUUGUGUAUAUGAUACAAAACGAUGAGCAGUUUAUCAACGCAUUACAUUCAGCAUAUCUUGAAGCUCGAAAGCGAUAAACCACCGCACACGCGGACAACAAAGGUUCAUACGAACGAAGUGAAGAAGGAGGUAAAGAAUAAUAAACUGCGGAAGAAUGAAUCACUGCGCAUGCGUAAUGAUGAAAAGAGCUAUAUGAGGGCGAGGCACGUAAUAUCGCAAAUUCGUUGAAGUUGAAAUAAUUUGGAUUUUUCAGGACUAUUUUCUUUUGAAGAAAAUUUAAAUCAAGAGCGAACGGACAUAUCUUUGCUGAUUGGUUUUCAAUGUUGUGUUCUGUGUACAUCAUAUUACGAUGAACUGAACUGUUCCGACUGUAAGAACUCUUGUCUUUCUGUUCAUGCGUUGUAUGUUUUUGUUCCAGUUAUAUAUUGAUAGCAAGC